AUGGCCUCUGCCUCUGAAAACCAAGCAAAAAACAAAGGAAGAAAAAAUGGUAAAGGACCAAAAAAACCACUAAGAGGUGUAGGAGUUGAACAGUUAGAGAAGCAGAGGAUAGCGGCAUUGAUGAAAAAACACUUUGAUCUUCCUCAUCAACAACAGGUUUUGAAGUAUGGUGCAUUUUCACCAACUGGGCCAUUUCAGUUUCCUCAACAACAAAUGAUGAUGAAUGAAAACACCACCAACAACAAUAAUAACACUGUUUUGGUUGGUUCUGGUUAUGUUCCUUUUGUUGGUUCUAACGUUGGUGCUGGAUGGAUUGUGCCUAACAAUCAGAAUCAGAAUCAGAAUAACAUUAAAAACAGGGUUGUUGUUGGUGGUGGUAACUAUGGAUCUGGUUCACUACUUUGUAGUAGUAGAAACCCUUUUGAGCCUUCUAAAGAGCUCUCUUCAAUGCCAAAUCUUCAUCACUCUCAACCUUUUGAUCUUUGCCUCAAGAAAACACGUUUGAAUGAGGAGGAGAGUAAUGUAAUGAGAGGAGCUGGAAUAAAUACAAGGAAUUUGGAGGCAUGGUCUAAUCAUCAUUAUGUUCAUGAUUUUCUUGGAGGAUAUAUGCCUCAACCUCAACCUUCUGCUUAUCCAACUCAUCACAAUCUUGAUGAGUAUGUGGAGGUUGUUGCUGUGCAUAGGAGGGGAAGUUCUUCAUCAGGAGGGAAGGACAAAGUUUUCAUGGAGUAUGAUUUUUUUCAUGAAAAAGAUGGAAGAGACACUUCUUUCAAGAACCUGAAAUUUCCCACAAUUGGUGAAGCUUCUUCUUCUUCUUCUUUAUCUCUCACUGUUUCAGCUUAUGGUGGAGAUAAUGCUACUACUGAUCUUAGUUCUAUUGAUUUGUCUCUUAAGCUUUGAGACUAGUUAGAUAGAAGCAUGAUCAAAGA